UGGCGCGGCGACGAGUGACAAGGUGUUAGGGAGGGGGGGACGGCUCGUCACGAAAGUCAGUCGACCGCCGACAGCCGCGCGUCAUACACGUGUACGAGCUGUCUGCUCCGUGACCAGUGUCUUGUGAAUGGGAUGACGUGCUGACGAAUAAAAAUUUUGUGUUGUGCUGUGUGUGGAUAAUUGUUAAGCUGGAAAAGGAUCAAGGAUUGUGGAGCAACAUGCUCACGUCAAGCAAUCAAUAUUUGAGGCCGGAUUACCUGUCACCGCUGCCGACAACGCUCGACGCGAAAAAGAGCCCGCUGGCGCUACUAGCGCAGACUUGCAGUGCUAUCGGCGCGGAUUCUCCGAACCCGAAGCUGAUUUCUGCAGCGGAGAAAGCCAGCAAGAAGUACGACGAGAAAUCGGUGAUACACAUGACGGACAACAAACCCAGCUUCAAGCCUUACGAAUCGUGCCUAACAGCGAGAGAAAAGACUAGAACGCCAGAAGAUAGAGCUUCAGUUGGCAAUUCGCAUUCAAAGACCCCGAUAUCGUCUAAAGGAAGUGCGUCAACCACUCCAGUUCAAGCGCGAUGUGGAAGUAAUCAGAGUUCGUCAUCACAAAGGACGCCACCACCGGCUCAUAGAAAAACUCCGUCCGAAAAAUCGGAUGAACGAUCCAGUCCACUCCAAGACUCGCCAGUUCCGCUGAAGUCGAAUUCAGAUUCUACCAGCAGUUCAUCUGCCUCCAAGUUACCGUUCACACCCACCUCCCUAUCAACCAGUGCCGACACCAAAGAACAUUCGACUUUCAAACCAAACAUACCAGUUACAUCAUCGGCAUUCCUUGGAGGAUUACCCCCUACAGGAUUUCCUCUUCCAAUGGACUUAAUGACCAGUAGUUUGAUGGCUGCACAACAUCAUGCUCUCAAAAAUGGGCUCAAUCCAUAUCUUGCUUAUGCAAGGAUGAAAGCACCAGGAAGCGAUCUAGGCAUUUGCAGAGAUCCGUAUUGUACGGGUUGUUCUUUAAGUUCACAUUUGCUCAAGUCUGCAGUGUGUCCCGCUGGGUGCGCGCAAUGUGAUCAUGCCAAAACGCCUUUCCCAUUACCAACUGGGCAUCCGGCUGCAGCUGCAUAUGCACAUGCUCAAUUAGCUGCUCUGGCUGCAGCCUCACAGCUGCCUUUUGUAUGCAGUUGGAUGGCAGGAGAUUCGGCUUACUGUGGCAAAAGAUUCGCGACCUCGGAAGAGUUACUGCAACAUUUAAGAUCUCAUACCGCGAGUGGCGAAUCUAGUCCUAGUUUAUCUAUGCUCAGCGCAACGCAUCCGUUGUUACAAAGGACAUAUCCGACACCGCCUUUGUCCCCACUGACGCCAAGAUUCCAUCCGUACAGUAAGCCGUCUCACUUAGUGUCGUCACCUCCGCUGCCGUUCCCACUGCCACCGCACCCAUCGCUGGCAGCGUACUUCCCGUCGUACCCGUUAUUCGGGCCACGGCCACUGCACCCUUGAGGACCGUCGGCGCUCCACGCACAGAAGAAGGGGGGCGCCGAGAACUAACGCCCAUGCCAAAAGGACUUUCGGAACCGGAUAGUGUAAAUAUAUGUUAGUUUAGUCCGGAUUUCUAGUCGGCUCAUAUCAUCGACGGACGUGUAAGCCCGGUAGGGCCGCGACAGCUGUGAUCUCUCGUAAAUAAUAUUUAGUGCACUGAAUACUGUGAGCUCAUCUUCAAGCUUGCCCGCCACGGCGGACUUUAAUUUUCUAGUUAGUCUAACGAAAUUUUUAUGUACCAAAUCUAUAGAUUGUAAUUUAAAUAAUGUUUAAGUUGUUGCAGUUAGAAUGGAUUGUUAAACUGUGUUUGUAUUUUUUAAACUGAAUAUUAUUGACCGCGCGUUAUUUGGAUUCAUCGGCAUUACAUAUCUAUGUAAUUUAUAUAUAAUUAGGAGCUAUAUUUUAUGACUGAACGACAAUUGUCACGUAGUGGGCCCUUCAAGAGGAAAAUGUUACCGCAACUUUAAUAAUUACUCAUUGUUUUUUUUUUUUUUAAUUCUCUAUUGCUACAUUUUUUUCGUAAUCGAGCCGUUAAGAUCUUAGUAGAAUCUCGUAAAUGUUAUUUUUUUUUUUUUUGUUUUGAUAUUAACAUAGUAUUUCUUGCAAAACAGGCACUUUAUUAUGUGUUGUGAACGAAUAAAUCACUGUCAUAGCAUACACACUCGAAAGCUAAAUAAUGUUAUUACAAAGAUAAAAUGUGAGCGAAACGUACUCGCAUAUAAUUAAAAAAAAAAAUUACACUUGCAUAAUUAUCUGCAAUUGAUACCUGUUGACAUAAUGUUGUUAUAAAGGACAUAAAAUGAAAUAAUAUACGUAAAUAUUUAAUUUCAA